GUGAUGGCGAGUGUCCUGUGCGCUAAGGUCCUCUUUUCGGUCCUCCUCUUCGCCGUGUCUUCCGCGAUCUCCAGGAGGCCACCGGCUCCCCCCAUCGGCGCCGACGAAGUCCGCCACCUGGGAAAAGCGGCAGAAUGCCAAUUCGGAAAAAGUAUAAGAGAACUGGGCACAACAUGGUUUGCCGACCUAGGACCGCCAUUUGGUAUCAUGUAUUGCAUUAAAUGCGAAUGCGUUCCUAUUCACAAGAAGAAGAGGAUAGUGGGCAAAGUGUUUUGCCGUAACAUCAAGCACGAGUGCCCUGAACCCAAGUGCGACGAGCCGGUCCUGUCUCCGGGUCGCUGCUGCAAGACUUGCCCCGGCGAUGGUAUCGAUGUGGACUUGGUGCAAGAUGCAGUUCAACCAAUACCAGAAGAAGAUGACAAGAACUAUAAGUAUUAUGCUAGCGUCUUGGCUGGGGAUAGUCAAUCAGCAACAGCCAGGUUUAGCUUUACUAAGAAAAGUUUGCACUAUUCAUUAUAUGUGACUUCUAGACCUCAGCUGGUUCAGUUUCUUGAUAGGCAGGGCAAUAUCAUAGAAGAACAGGAAGUUGGAUUCGGUACUCAGUAUGAAAAUGCAACUGAAAAACUGUGCGGAGUUUGGAGAAGACUACCAAGAGAUUAUAGAAGGCUCUUAAGAGAAGAAGCGCUUUCAAUAUCUCUUGUGUGGCCUACAAUGGUUAUAACUGGGCAUGUUCUGAGAUAUAGUGAACUGGCAACAGAAGAACAGAGCGCUUUACUCAUUGGAGAAAAGCCUGGUUCUGCAGGAACUGCUAUUGUUUCAGUUUCAACAGCAACACCAUCAAUCCAUCUUUUACUAAUAUUUACGGGUCUCUUUACUGGUGAGGAUACCAACAACGCUCCUGUAUUAGUUAAGCUGCAUUCACCAGACGGAAAGGAUAUAAUUCAUGAGACUAUAAAAGUUGAAAAGGCAUCACCUGAGCUUAACAAAAUAACAACCAGUACACCUGUAUCCGUUCAUGAUCUCCGUCUACUAGUAAGAUCAAAACUGCAUUUGACAAUUACAUCAAAGAGUUCUCAAAUUUCUAUAACAGGUAUUGUGAGACCAAGAGUCACAUGUGAGCUAUUCCAGACACUUUUAACUGGUGAAAGAUCCUGUGGCCUGUUGUCUGCUUUCCUGGACCACAAAGGCGAUUUUAUUUAUCAAUCAAAACUCAUUGGAGUUCCAUCAAAAUCCAUGAUAACACUUGAUGUAUUAACAGAAUUAUUGACAGAAUCAGGUGAAAGAAAAUUAGAAGAAAUACCUGCUGAUGGAAACAAAUUGGAGAAAACAUCUCCCAGGCUGGUGGAAGGUCUCUACGCAGGACAGCUGCAAGUUAAUGUUGCAGAAAUGAAUGGAAAAAUGCAAGGAAGAUCUGCUGCACCUCCGAGGUCUACACUGAAUCCCUUGCUUAUGAAACCAUCCUUAGGUGUACUUGGCAGUUUAGCAGCUGUCAUCUGGGUAGCUGUUGAUUCACAAUGCAGUCUGUAUUAUGAGGCUGAGAUAACAGAAAACCGGGAGUAUUGUGUUUGGCUAAAUCAUGUACCAAUUGCUGCGCCAGGAGCACCAGUCACUCUUCGUCAGAUAGACUGUGGGCAUGGUUUCCGUCUUGAGGGUUCACUCCUUGGUCUUCCGCCAUCAGAGAUCCAGAUUCUUGAUUCUGGAGUUGUCACUAUUGAACUUAGAGAUAAUGCUACCGACAAUGUAUUAAUGUCUGCACUGUGGGAACAUAAAGACAUUCCGAGAUCUUGUUUGCCAGAAACUGCCAGUUCUGAUCCCACAUACAGAUCAGAUGGUUCUGGGAUACUGAUCACAACAGCUGCUUGUUAUCAUGGUGGAAUGUUCCAUAAUGAUGGAGAACAAUGGCGUGAUCCUUCUGAUCCCUGUACAGUUUGCUCUUGUAGUCUAGGCUCCCUCUCAUGCCAGACCCAAUGUAUUAAUAAAACAGGAGUAGUAGAACAAGAAGGUAUCUUAAGGGGUUGUCAAAUGGCAGGUCAAUUCUUUCCGGCAGGAUCUACAUGGCAUCCAUACCUACCACCAAUCGGGUUUGACACAUGCACCAUUUGUUCUUGUGAUGCUUCUUCUCUCAAAGUAUCUUGUCCUCGCACAGUAUGCCCUCCACUACCAUGUGAUGAGCGAGUAGCAGUCAAAAUUGAUAAGAAAUCAUGCUGCAAAGUUUGCCCUUCCAGUCCAUCUGAGGAAGAGUUUGGGAACAAAUCACUAGAAGAUGAUGAUAGUAAGGCAGAUAUGAUAGGAAGUGGAGAGUGUGAAUAUCCUAUGGGAGGACCAUUUAAAAAUGGUCAAGAAUGGCAUCCUAGGCUUUAUUCAGGGGGAGAAAUCAAAUGUGUCAUCUGUAAAUGUUUGGAAGGGAAUGUUAGAUGUGAAAGAAAAAGGUGCAACAAUAAAACUGCUUGCCAAGAUGAGUGCUGUACAGCUCAGUGCAAACGCCGAAGAAGGUACGCUCGGCGUAAGCAUUUAAAUCCAAGUGCUUAAGGAAGUAUAAUAACAUUUAUCGCGUCUUCCAAAUUUUGUUAUUGUUUUUAAAUAUUUAAUUCUGUAAAUAUGUAUGUUCAAAAUUUUUAAUUUCAAUUUCAGAGAAAUAAAGCCAUAUGUAAAUAUGCUAAUUUUAAUAGAUUUAGACGAAUAAAUAUUAAAUUCUUGUAAUUUUUUAACAAUUGAAAUAUAAUUCUUGUAUAGAUCUGACUGGUGUGUACUUAAGAAAGUUCCAAUUUCAUAUGAUACAAAAUAGAAUGCAUAAAGUUAUUUAUGUUACCAUAUCAAUACAGUUUACAGUAACAAAUAUACCAAUAUCACAGUGUACCUGAAUUAUUACCUAAUUUUGAAUGGGAUUAUGAUUAUUUUUUCUCUUUAAGUUUGCUGAGCAUUAUUUGACAUAUUUAUUUUUAUAAUCAAUGAGUAAUAGUAUUUUGUUUAUUAUCUCUCAGUAUUUUGUAUUAUUAUUUUAUAUUUAAUAUUAGAUUCACCUACAAUACGUAAUAUCAUACACCACCACUGUACAGUCAAUGUAAUGCAGGUGUGGAGUUGUUUUGAUGCCAAUGUACAGUAUUAAGUUCCUAUUAUUAUUAUUAUGUUAUUGUUAUGCAUAAGUUACUUAAUGUUAUGUAAUAUUUGUUAAUAUUAUAAGUGAAUGUUAAGAAGGAAAAUUGAGAUUUGGAUAAUCUCUGAGAUAGCACAACAGUUUUAGAAAUUCUAGAGACAAAAAUAAUUGGGCAACUUAAGGGAACAUAAUUUUGCAUGUCUUUAAGUACAAAUAUUUAUUAAAGUUAGCUAUUCGUGCUUUUUGCCAAAUUUCCAGUAGUAUUGUUUUUAUUGUUAAGGCUAGUGGUUAUUAGGCUAACUUCUAAAAUAUAUUUUCAUUUUAUAAAAUCUUAUUAGAAUAUAUCUUGGAUUUAUAUAUAUCCAAUACAUUUUAAAUACAUUAUAUAUUUUACAGCAAUAAAAUAUUACUGGAUUUAAUUUCUGAAGGCCAUAUUUAAAAAUAAAAAAAUAUUAUUAAAAGUUAAAAAUGAAACAAAAUAAAUCAUUCCAAAAAAAAAGUUUAAUAGCAUCAUUCAAUAAAUUGAAUGCAUCAUGAAACUAUUUAUUUAUUUAUUGAUAUAUAUAUAUAUAUAAUCAUAUAUAUAUAUAUAUAUAUAUAUAUAUAUUUUAUAAUAGUAUUUUUAAAAAAAUAAAUAAAUAAGAAUAUUUUCAUGUGAUUAUUUUAAUGGUAAUAUUAUGAAAACAUAAAUACUUUAAUGAUAACUGAUACAAACUUCAGAAAAACAUAGAGAAUCAUAUUUACAUAUUACUAACAAUUGAAAAAUCUAAAAACUAAUUAUUGAAGCCUUAAAUAAAUUAACCUAAUAGUUGAAGAUGGUAGAAAAAAAUAAUAAAUUAAUGAAUGGUACUGUUUUUAAAGAUUAAUUUCCUAAAGCUGUUGUGUGUGUAUCUUCACUAUGUAAAUUAUGUAUAUGUAACAUAUGUAUUUAUAAAAACUUUUUUCUAAUAUUUACUUUAAGGCCACAGUAUAAAUUUGUAAGACUGAUAAAGUCUGUUGGAUGACGAGAAUAAUGCAAAUAUAGCAGUGCACAUAGUUUUAAACAUAAAUUAUGUACCAAGGUGUGGAGUGAAGCGGAGAGAGGCUAUUAUUUUUUAUACUUAUAGGACAAUAAGGAAAGGAAGAAGGUUUUGUAGAUAGUGGUACAUGGUGCUGAAAACUACUUCUGAAAUUAAAUGUGCAUUUUGACAAUUAGUUUCUAAGUUAACUCAUAUUUUUGGAUAUAGUAUUAAUAUGUAAAUAGAUAAAUCUUAUAUGGUAUAGAUUUUUUUUUAUAAAUUUUUCUUUAUAAAUAGUCCAUUACAUUAUUUAUCUCAAUGUUUCUAUGAACAUUUAAACUACCACUUCACAUGAUUAAUUUUAUUUUAUUGAUGAUAACUUGUAACAAUGCAAUAAAUGUUUGUUAUAAUACAAAUAUAAUUGAUUUGGUUAAUGA